CUCCUGCUUCUCCUCGCUCGAGUCUCGGCGCCGAGAGGCGGCGGCCGGCGGGAUGGAGAAAAGUAGGAUGAACCUGCCCAAGGGACCGGACACGCUCUGCUUCGACAAGGACGAGUUUAUGAAGGAAGAUUUCGAUGUGGAUCACUUCGUGUCUGACUGCCGGAAGCGCGUGCAGCUGGAGGAACUGAGAGGUGACCUGGAACUCUAUUACCGACUCCUCAAAACAGCCAUGGUGGAGCUCAUCAACAAAGACUACGCGGAUUUUGUCAACCUGUCCACAAACUUGGUUGGCAUGGACAAGGCCCUCAAUCAGCUUUCUGUGCCUUUGGGACAGUUACGAGAAGAAGUUCUGAGCCUCAGGUCAUCUGUCAGUGAAGGCAUUCGGGCAGUGGAUGAACGGAUGUGUAAGCAAGAGGACAUCAGGAAGAAAAAGAUGUGCGUGUUGAGGCUUAUACAAGUUAUUCGAUCAGUUGAAAAAAUUGAAAAAAUCUUAAAUUCUCAAAGCUCUAAAGAAACAUCUGUACUAGAAGCAAGCAGCCCACUUUUGACUGGACAGAUUUUGGAGAGAAUUGCCACAGAAUUUAACCAGUUACAGUUUCAUGCUGUUCAAAGCAAAGGCAUGCCUCUUUUGGACAAAGUAAGACCGCGGAUAGCCGGCAUUACAGCCAUGUUACAGCAGUCACUGGAAGGCCUGCUCUUAGAAGGUCUCCAGACUUCCAACGUUGAUAUAAUACGGCACUGCCUACGGACCUAUGCCACAAUUGACAAGACACGGGAUGCCGAGGCCUUAGUCGGUCAAGUUCUAGUGAAACCCUACGUGGAUGAGGUGAUUGUAGAGCAGAUUGUUGAGUCUGAUCCGAACGGCCUUCAGAUCAUGUAUGAUAAGCUCCUGGAGUUUGUUCCUCACCAUUGCCGCCUUCUUCGAGAAGUCACAGGAGGGGCCAUCUCCAGUGAAAAAGGCAACAGUGUUCCUGGAUAUGAUUUUUUGGUGAAUUCUGUCUGGCCAGAAAUAGUACGAGGAUUAGAAGAAAAACUGCCUUCGCUUUUUAAUCCUGGAAAUCCCGAUGCAUUUCACGAGAAAUACACCGUAAGCAUGGAUUUUGUAAGAGCAUUUGAACAGCAGUGUGGAACACAGGCCAGCGUGAGGAGAUUAAGAGCACAUCCCGCCUAUCACAGCUUCAGUAAUAAGUGGAACUUGCCUGUUUAUUUUCAAAUAAGAUUUAGAGAGAUUGCAGGAUCCUUAGAAGCAGCACUUACAGCUGGGUUGGAGGACGCUCCAGGUAAUUUCCGUAAAGCGAUCAAUGGCGGAUGUCACCUUUUACUCAGGCCCAUCUCUAAUGAAAGUGCCAAGGAUAUUAAAAAGCCUUUGGUAACUGGUGGCAAAGACCCUUCAGUUACCCAGGGAAACAGUGAAGACCAAGCAAGUGGCCCCGCGGAAACAAAGCCCGUGGCUUCCAUUUCCAGUACGCAGCUUAUAUAUGUGGUCGCCGACCUGGACAAGCUUCAGGAGCAGCUUCCAGAACUCUUGGAAACAAUCAAGCCAAAACUUGAAAUGAUUGGCUUUAAGAAUUUUUCUUCUAUCUCAGCAGCCCUGGAGGACUCCCAGACGUCUCUGUCCGCCUGUGCUCCUGCCUUGAGUGACAGGAUCAUCCAAGACUUAAGCGAGUCUUGCUUCGGCUACCUGAAGAGUGCCCUAGAGGUCCCCAGGCUCUACCGAAGAACCAAUAAGGAAGUGCCAACCACAGCCUCCUCUUACGUGGACAGUGCCCUGAAGCCAUUUCGCCAGCUUCAGAGUGGGCACAAGGAUAAGCUGAGACAGGCAGUAAUCCAACAGUGGUUAGAAGGCGCCCUCUCUGAGAGCACUCAUAAGUACUACGAAACCGUGUCCGACGUUCUGAACUCGGUGAAGAAAAUGGAGGAGAGCCUGAAGCGGCUGAAACAAGCCAGGAAAACCACUCCCACCAACCCCAUCGGUCCCGGUGGCGGCAUGAGUGACGACGACAAAAUCAGGCUGCAGCUGGCCUUGGACGUUGAGUACUUGGGAGAGCAGAUACAAAAGAUGGGCCUGGCGACAAAGGACAUAAAGAGCUUCCCGGCCCUUGCCGAGCUGGUUGCCGCCACCAAGGACCAGGCAACGGCAGAGCAGCCGUGAGCAUCUUGGAAGAGCCCGCGGGGAGGGGAAAGCUGGACGUGGAGCCCGAGGGGAAGAAAGUGGCUCUGUCCUCGGGCCCAGUCUCCGUGGCCAAGAAGUGCUUCCACGGUGCCCGGCGUCUCGAGCAACACGCCAGGGCAGCUUCUCUCCGCACACUGGGGUCUCCUUUCGCCCAGGACAGAACACAGAAGCCUUUUUCCGUUGUAUGGAAGAUAGUUUUUAAGACACUUGAAACUUUCUACUCUAGUUUACAGAGCAAAUUAUUUUAUUUUUAUUGUAAAUCUUAGCGCGGAAGAGCUGAUUUCUAAAAUACGACUAAAGUGAAUAUAUACGUAGGACUCUGGAAAGCUGGGCCCGGGCCCCGACCCCUCUGUCGGAAGCGCCCGCCCGCCGGGGGUGGGGGGCGACCGUGUCGGAUGGCUCCCCCUCCUCCGCUGGGAAAGCCAGUGUGCGCGGUGACGCCUCAUGACGCCCUGAGAGAGGCGGCAAGGGGUGCCCCCUCCGUUCUCCCCCUGGGUGC